AGCAAUUGUAGAUUUGUAGUUAUAAUUGAGUCUUGUUCAGCAUGGCUGCAUCAUCAUCCUCAUACAAGCUCAAGGCGCUGGCCACUUUUGUCUGCCGUUAUAGAGCCGUAUCGGGUGGCUCAUGGCGGAGCCACCCUAUGCGCCACCGCGAUCUCCCGCCUUAUAAGGUGGGAGGUGGUGGUGGCUCUCUUGAUCAGGGGCUCAGGAUGAUAAGUAGCAGCUCCAAGUUGGGAACGGAGAAGAAUCAAAGUGAAGAGAGAACGCAAUUGCCGGAUCAGCCAAGGGUUGGCUUCUCAAAUUGGGUGAAAUGGCUUCUGGGAUAUGUAGUGACAUUUUUGCUACCAUUUUGGAAGACCAAAUGGGAUAACUUGCUGAUUUUGGAAGGAAAGGUGGCGAGAGUUGUGGAGGAGGUGGAGGUGGUAGCGGAGGUGGUGGAAAAGGUGGCGACCACCGCAGAUAAGGCGUUGGAAGAAGUGGCAAAUCAAUUGCCAGAUAACAGUAAGCUCAAGGAAGCAGCUCAAGCAUUGGAACAUGUCUCCAGUGUAGCUGCCCAAGAUGCUCAACAAAUUGAGAACAUAAUCAAUAAGGUUAGUGAUGUGAAACAAGAUAUGGAAGAGCUGGAGAGCAUUGUUGAACCAAUUGUUGACAAGAUUAUUCAUGGGAAGCACACAAAAAGUUAGUCGAGAACAAAAUCCAAAAAUUGUAAAUUUUAAAGCCUAUAUUUUUAUUUUUAUUUUUAUCGUAGUCUGAAGAAAUUAUGAAAUAAAAGUGUAAUAUUAUUGCAGUCUGAGAAAUUGAAAUAAAGUGUAUGUUCAUCA